AUGGGGAUUUUAACGUUUUUCAUUUCUCCAUGGAUAGCCUGCACAAUCCCAGUAUGGUUCAUCCUAUACUACACGAUCCCAUACUUCACGACCUACAAGACCCUCUCGCGUAUCCCAGGGCCAUUCCCUGCCAAAUUUAGCAAUCUUUGGGUUGCACUCAGUGCUCGUCGGGGACAAAAAUUCGCAGCUGUUGACAGCGCUCACCGAAAAUACGGCAAGGUUGUACGAAUUGGAUUCAACCAUGUUUCCAUUGCAGACGAGCGGGCCCUCAAUGUGGUAUAUGGGCAUGGAAAUGGGUUCCUUAAGGAUCAUUACUAUGAAGCUUUCAUCGCACGUACUCCCGGGAUGUUCAACGUCCGCGACCGGGCAGAACAUACACGCAAACGUAAAAUUAUCUCGCAUGCAUUCUCACCCAAAUCAGUCGCUGCCUUUGAGCCUCAUAUGGCCGCCAAUCUACGGCGAUGGGUUACCCAGUUAGACCGCAUUUCAAGUACGGGACCGAAAUCAAACUCUCUUGACGGUACCCCAGGUACCUUUGCCAGAUUUAAUGCCAUGCCCUGGUUCAGUUACCUUGCCUUUGAUAUUAUUGGAGACCUGGCGUUUGGAUCUCCAUUUGGAAUGGUGAAUAAAGGCAAGGACGAGACAGAGGUACAACUUGUACCCGGGGGCCCUAUGUCCACCGCCCCGGCGGUUGACGUCCUGAACCGACGUGGAGAGGUCUCUUCUACUCUGGGCCUUCUCCCAGCUUUGCGCCCUUGGGCAAAGUAUCUACCGGACCCCUUCUUCACCAAGGGUAUUGCGGCCGUUGAGAACCUGACUGGGAUUGCGGUUGCGGCUGUCGCUUCCCGGUUGGAUGCAGCGGAGAAGGGGCUUAUUGAUACGCGAGGCGAUAUCCUCUCUCGAUUGUUGCAGGCCAAGGAUGCCAAUGGUGACCCGAUGGGACGGGCGGAGCUUACAUCUGAAGCACUUACACAACUGAUCGCUGGUUCCGAUACCAUUUCUAAUACAUCUUGUGCGGUGUUCUAUUGGAUCCUUCAUGGCGAGCGUUAUGCUCCUGGGACGAUUGUUUCCCGGCUGCGAGAGGAGCUUGAUCAGGCUAUUGGUGAUCAAUCGGAGAUUGCUUCCUACAGCCAGGUCAGAGAUCUGCCGUUCUUGCGUCGUUGUAUCGAUGAGGGAAUGCGAUUGCAUUCUACUUCUGCUCUCGGCCUUCCUCGUCUUGUUACUGAUAAUGGGUCCGGCGUGGAGUUUGAUGGGCAUUUCUUUCCACCUGGUACUGUGCUUUCUGUUCCUUCUUAUACCAUUCAUCAUAUGGCGGAGAUUUGGGGGGAUGAUGUGGAGGAGUUUAAGCCUGAUCGUUGGUUGAAUCUUACGCCGAGACAGAAGAUUGGAUUCAAUCCUUUCUCUUAUGGUCCUCGUGCGUGUGUUGGGCAAAAUGUUGCGAUUAUGGAGUUGCAGUUGAUUAUUGGGACAUUGUUCCACCGGUAUGAUUUCACCUUGUACCAGUCAACGAUGGAGUCCCACGAAGGAUUUUCGAAGAAGCCCAAGAAUUGUUUCUCUGGUAUUCGAUUAAGAAGUAAGGCUUAG